CAAUGUCACAUUUCAGUUACAAGCUGCUUUCCCGGAAGCAAUAAACCCCUUGCCAAUGCCGACUGGUGCAUUAACUUAUCCUCUGAUGCAGCCAUGUGAGUCUUCCGGUUUUGGAGGUCGUAAUGCAACAGCCUCUGCAAGUGCCCAAUUGAUAACAUUAUCACCAAUACUUCCGCUUUCAAGUGAAUUCUGCAACCCAAUGAUACCACAGAUGACAGUUGUACCAAGCAUGGUUUGUGGGUCUUCGGUUGGUGGUGGAUGUGAGGGUGAUAUAGGAAACCCAUUAGUGUGCAGUACACAUACCGCUCCGGUUCUCGAGGGUUUGCUCACUAGAAGCAACAACUGUGGGGUUAAUGUAGCCGACCCAGAAGUGUAUACUCAAGUCUUCCCAUUCGCAUCAUGGGUGAAUGAAGUUCUCUCUCCUACACCCUCUUCGUCUACACCUGCUUCUUCUACAACUACUACACCUGCUCCGGGAGCGGCAUCCACGUCACAACUCGGAACUUCUGUAGCACUCAUGUUCGUAAUCAUCCAAUAUUUCAAAAUCUUUAACUAAAUCAAAGCCAAAAUAUACCAAUUAUAAAUAUAUUUUUUUGUAAUUUUAAAUAAUAUUAUUAAUAAAUGAAAUUCUGAAAGUAA